UGGUUUACUCCACAUAUCAACUUCAACAUCCAAUCAAGAACUCACAAUAAUUUCAAGAAAACAAACACCAUCUUCAUCAUUUCAUCUUCUUGACACACAUACACACAAAGCUCGAGUUUAAUUUGCAGAAAUGGAAGCCAUUCUCUUCAUCGCCAUACUUGCAAUUCUUCUCCUCACAGUAAUACAUCUUGUUCACCACAAAAGGAAAAGGCAAAACCAACCUCCAUCCCCACCUUCCCUUCCAAUAAUAGGCCAUCUCCACCUCCUCAAAGAGCCCAUGACACAAACCCUCCAAACCCUCUCCGGCAAAUACGGCGCCGUUCUAUCCCUCAAAUUCGGGCUCCGCCGCGUCCUCCUCAUCACCUCCCCCUCCGCGGCCGAAGAAUGCUUCACCACAAACGACGUCGUCUUCGCCAACCGCCCCUCCACCCUCUCCACCAAGCACUUCAGCUACAACAACACCACCCUCAGCAUCGCCCCCUACGGCCCCCUCUGGCGCAACCUCCGCCGCCUCGCCGCCCUCCACAUCUUCUCCCCCGCCCGCGUCGCCGCCUUCUCCGCCACCCGAAGGACCGAGCUCACGCUCUUCAUCAAGGACCUCGGAAGAGAUCCUUCAACGCCGGUGGACUUGAAGUCCAAGUUCAUCGAGCUGGCCUUCAACGUCCUGUCGAUGACGAUCGCCGGGAAGAGAUACUACGGAGAGAACGUCGGGGACGCGGCGGAGGCGAGGCGGGUGAGGUUCAUAAUGAGGGAGAUGCUCGAGCACAGCGGGAACGCCAAUCUCGGAGAUCUACUCCCGUUUCUGCAGUGGUUUGAUUUUCAAGGGCUUGAGAAGAGGUUUGCGGAUUUGAUGAAGAAGCUGGACAAGUUCAUGCAGGAGCUCGUGGACGAGCGCCGCAGCGGAGCGGCCUCGUCAGGCACCAUGAUCGACCACCUCCUGUCGCUCCAGGAAGAGGAGCCUGAGUAUUACACUGACGAGCUCAUCAAAGGAAUCAUCUUGGUGUUGCUGGUCGCAGGCACGGACACAAUGUCAAUAGGCAUGGAAUGGGCAAUGUCACUUCUAUUGAAUCACCCGGAAAGCAUGGAUAAGGUAAGAGCUGAGAUAGACGCCAACGUGCCACGUGAUCGGCUCGUAGAUGAGGAAGAUCUACCCAAACUGAGUUAUCUAAACAAUGUGAUCACAGAGACUCUACGUCUCUACCCGCCUGUGCCCUUUCUCAUACCUCAUCAGUCAUCAGAAGAUUGUAGGGUUGAUGGCUACGACAUACCAAAAGGAACGAUGCUCCUAGUGAACUUAUGGGCCAUCCAUAGGGAUCCGGAGAUCUGGGAUGACCCAGAAAAGUUCAAGCCGGAGAGGCACGAGGCGAAUAGAGAGGGGGAGUUCAUGCUCCCAUUUGGAGCCGGGAGGCGCAAGUGCCCUGGCGGAGGUAUUGCCACCAGGGUGCUCGGGUUGGCCCUGGGGACGAUGAUUCAUGCGUUCGAGUGGGAGAGAGUGAGCCAUGAGUUGGUGGAUAUGACUCAUGGCACAGGGUUUAGUAUACCUAAGGCUAAGCCCCUUGAGGCUCUAUGCAAACCAAGGGAGGGUAUGAACCAUUAUUUUACUUGGGUUUAAUUUUUUUAAUUAAUGAUAGUACUUUAUUUCUUUGGAGACUUAUGUAUGGAUUGGAGUCGAUUAAUGGCAUGAAUAUCCUACGUCGUUGAA